AGGGAGGUAGUUGCAAUUAUCCAAACACACGGGGUUUUUGUGUAAUUUGAGCUUAUCUCAGGGGCUGGACGUAAUUUACAACGAAAAAAUAAAACCAAAAUUUGUCUCUGUAAACAUUUCUACAGUUGUGAAAGAGUUUGCAAAACCCAGAGAAACAAUGGAGGGUUCAAUGCCAUACCUUAAUUUGCUUUCGAAGUUGAAUCAAUGGCGGCGGUAUAUGUAAUCGUGAACAUUAGUUCUUCUUCGACCAAUAUAUCUUGGAGCGCUUGAAUCACGAAAGCACCAUUUUUGCAUCACCGCAGACGGAAGUAUGUUUGUGAAAAGUGUGUGGAGUGUGAAGAUUGCCAUGAAUACGAGCUUCUCGCGAGCAGCGAAAAGGUCACUAUCAUUUUCAGGAAGAACAAGUGUUAGGGAUUUAGCUGCAAAAGAUGGUGAGCUAAGAGUCUUUAUUGUUGCUGGGGAGGUUUCUGGUGACAUUAUCGCUUCGCGUUUUAUGAACUCGUUGCAAACGCUUUCUCCUUUUCCUGUCCGUUUCGUAGGUGUAGGAGGAUUGAUGAUGUCACAUCAAGGGUUGAAUUCUCUGUUUCCUAUGGAAGAUAUUGCGGUCAUGGGCAUAUGGGAGUUGUUGCCGCAUCUUAGUACGUUAAGGGUCAGGCUGAAAAAGGCAGUUGAGUCAGCUCUUACCUUCGAGCCACACGUUGUGCUAACAGUGGACUCGAAAGGGUUUUCGUUCCGUUUUCUGAAGCAAUUGCGUGCUAGAUAUGGUCUCCUGCACAGAGUCACUACUCCUCGACAUUUUCACUAUGUGGCACCAUCUUUCUGGGCGUGGAAAGGAGGUGAAUCGAGACUUAAAGGUCUUUCGGAAUUCGUAGAUCAUGUCUUCUGUAUACUUCCGUUUGAGGCAGAAGUCUGUAGAUCAAAUGGAUUGGCUGCAACAUUUGUGGGCCAUCCAACUUUAGAAGAUGUUUUGGAGCUAAAGAUUAACAAAUGUGUAGACGAGUGGAAAGUACAAGGCGAUGGAGAGGAAUUUAGGAGGAAUUAUGGGAUAUCUUCAGAAUCGACAAUCAUUUCUGUGCUACCUGGAAGCCGAUUACAAGAAGUUACACGCAUGCUUCCAAUAUUUUCACGUACAAUGAAGCUACUCAGUCACAGAGAGGAUUUAACAGCGGUUAUUCAUGUCGCACCUAAUAAGCAUGUUCACAAUUACAUCACAAAUGCUGUUUGUGACUGGCCUGUACCUAUCGUAUUGGUGCCAGGUGGAUCACCGUGCAUGAAAUACAAUUCUUUCAGUGCUAGUAGAGUCGCGUUAUGUACAUCGGGAACAGUUGCAGUGGAGUUACAGCUGGCACGGUUGCCUUGUGUUGUUGCGUACCGGGCCCACAUAUUGACAGAAUGGUUCAUUCGAUAUAAAGCUAAGAUAGAUUAUAUCUCGCUUCCUAAUAUCGUUCUUGAUUCAUCUGUAAUUCCUGAAGCUCUUUUUGGAGACUGCACUCCUUCUCAAUUGGCACCACUGCUCAUGGAUUUAAUGCAUGAUGAGAGUCUUCGCCAGAAACAGAUUUCUGCAGCGGAAACGCUUUUCGAUUUACUCGAUCCUUUGAGAAGAGUCAGUGGCAACUCAACCCAAAAUGAAACUACACCAAGUAUGAUGGCCGCAUCACUAGUGUUCAACUCUUGAAAAAUUUUAUACUAAAUAAUUCCAUUUUUUUUUUUUUUUUUUACUUUUUUUAGGAAACAAAUAAUUCCA